CAGCCACCGUUUUUACUCAGGGAAAUUAUGGGGUUAUCCGGCGGCGAGAAGAAAUAUCGCCGGAGCCCCAAAACUCCUCUCCUUCCCCAAAAGCACGAAGAAUUCGGAUCCGUCGAGGUUGGAUUCUCUGGGGCAUCCUUCUCUGGGGCUGUCUUCAACCUGUCGACGACCAUCGUCGGUGCCGGUAUCAUGGCAUUACCAGCGAUCGUUAAACAAUUGGGACUCAUUCCUGGUCUGUCUAUGAUCAUCUUGGCUGCCUGGUUGACUGAGUCAUCAAUCGAGAUGAUUCUGAGACCCGCACGCUCUUCGAAGACAUCUUCUUAUUCUUCGGUUGUCGGAGACGUGUUCGGAGGAGUAAGCCGGACUCUCUUGCAGGUCUGCAUCGUAGUAAACAAUCUCGGCAUGCUUGUCGUUUACAUGAUCAUCAUAGGGGAUGUGCUAUCGGGAACAUGGUCGGAAGGUAUCCAUCACACAGGGGUGAUGGAAGGAUGGUUUGAUAGGCAAUGGUGGACUUCACGCUUCUUCUUGCUGCUUCUCACCACUCUUCUCGUCUUUGCUCCCUUGCUCUCCUUCAAGCGUUUAGAUUCGUUGAGAUACACAUCGGCAUUAUCAGUUGCUCUGGCCGUAGUGUUUGUUGUCAUAACAAUGGCGGUGACCAUCUUCAAGAUGGUGAACGGAAGUAUUGGAAUGCCGCGUUUGCUACCCAAAAUUGUAGAUCAAGCUUCUUUCUGGAAACUUUUCACCACCAUCCCUGUUCUCGUCACUGCCUUCAUCUGUCACCACAAUGUACACCCCAUAGAAAACGAACUGAAGGAUCAAACGCAGAUGAAAUCGAUCGUUCGGACAUCGCUGGUUCUGUGCUCGACCAUCUACGUUGCCACCAGCUUAUUUGGGUUCUUGCUCUUCGGAGAGCAAACACUAGAUGACGUGCUAGCCAAUUUCGACGCCAACCUUGAAAUCCCAUACGGAACAGUCAUAAACGACCUAGUGAGGAUGAGCUAUGGUCUUCAUCUGAUGCUUGUCUUCCCAAUUGUCUUCUUCUCUCUCCGCCUCAAUGUACAUGGCCUCUUCUUCCCCCAUGCCUUCCCUAUUGCUUACGACAACCGGAGAUUCGUGUCCAUCACGGUAGGCCUCAUGGUCAUCGUCUUCCUUGGGGCUAACUUCGUUCCCAGUAUAUGGGAUGCCUUCCAAUUCACUGGAGCCACGGCUGCUGUCUCCAUUGGAUUCAUUUUUCCUGCUGCCAUUGCUCUUAGGGAUCAUUCUCAUGGAAUAUCUUCAAAGAAAGAUAGGGUCUUAUCAUGGGUGAUGAUCUUGUUGGCCGUGUCUUCGAGUACUGUGGCCAUCUCUUGCGACAUCUACAGCUUGUUUAAUGACCAAUUCUUUAGCUAGUUUCUACAUGGAUGGAAUGAUGAGCUUCUUUGAGUUCA